UGUUAGAAAUGCAUGGGGUGCGGGCAUGAGUAGCACCCAACUUAGUGAAUCCUUUAAUGCUUUCUUGAAGGAUUUCAUUCGGUCUGAUCAUAACUUAAUGCAAUUUUUCAUGCAUUUUGAUCGAGUUCUGUCUGAGAAAAGGUACAAAGAGUUACAAGCUGAAUAUGCUCUAUGCCAAAAGUUGCCCAGGGUGAAUAUUAAAGUGAAGAUUAUGGAGCAAGCUGCAGCUGUUUACACAAAUAAAAUUUUUGAAGAAUUUCAGGAUGAGUAUGUCAAGUCCCUUGAAGUCAACAUUGAAGAAAUUGAAAAUGAUGGUGAGAGUACCGUUUAUACGGUUCUUGAUAGUGAUGGUAUAAGGGUGAGGAAGGUGAGGCAGGAGUGUGAUGAUUCAAUGCCAUCGAUGUAUUCCGGCCAUGGAACCUAUCAAGCAUUGCUUAACAAUGCAAGUAGUUAUCACUCGCAAGCUUCAAAUAGUCCCGCAUGUAGUGAAGUACUAUAUGGUCGUGGGCGCGGCCGUGGGCAUGGGGAUGUGGAUCACACGCCAACGUCUUAGCGUUAUUUUGUUUUGGGAAUUUGUGUGAAUUUUUUGUUGGAUAUGUAAUAUUCAAAACCUUUCAUCAAACUGUUGCUAAAAAUUUUCUGUUCAAAUUACUCAGUAAAUGUUGCUGAAACUAAU